AUCAAAAUUCUAUCGUUCAAAACCUAACCACAAAAAAAAUAGUGUAACCUAUAAUUAUCAACAUGCGAUUACUGGCUAUUUGUGUUUGAGAAUACCAAGAAACGAUAAAAUUAUCAGUAAUUAUUGCUAAACUUUUAACCAAGUAGAUGUACUAGUAACUACCAUUGUAUAUACUGCAAAUCGUUUUGAGGUUAUGAUUUCGUAGUGGACAAAAGUUUGCUAGCAAAAUUAUUAAAUUGUGCACGUUUAACGAAAAAUGUUUGCUUGGGGAAGUACUAUUCAUGGUGAAUUAGGAUUAGGUGGUAUUGAACAGGAAAUAGUUUUAACUCCUACUCAGGUGGAUUGGCCUUUGGCAGACCAAAUUGUAGAAGUUGCUUGUGGUGACAACCACACAUUAAUUCUCACAAAUGAAGGAAAGGUUUACUCUUGCGGAAGUAACGAUUACGGCCAACUCGGUCAUGAUCAACCCAGAAAAAGACCAAACUUAGUAAAAAGCUUGGAAGCCCAAACUAUUACUCACAUUGCUUGCGGCGCUACACACUCCAUGGCAUUAAAUCAAUGGGGCCAGAUUUUUACAUGGGGUUCAGAUACAUACGGACAACUGGGACAUCAACUUGGCCAAAGUAUGCAACCGGUUCCAAAAAUAUUGAAAGCCUUAGCCACACAUCAUGUUGUGCAGAUAGCAUGUGGUUAUAGGCAUUCUGCUGCCUUAACAAUUAAUGGGGAAAUUUAUUGCUGGGGGGCAAAUAACUUUGGUCAGUUAGGAAUUGGAACAGUUUCACCAUCUGAACCAUCACCUACCCAGGUACCAUCAAUUGAUGGGAUACCAAUAGCUUUUUUAGCUUGUGGUUCUUAUCAUACACUUGUAGUUUCAAAAUCUGGUGCUGUAUUUGGGUGGGGAAACAACACAAGGGGGCAAUUAGGUUUAAAUGAUGUCACUUCAAAAUCAUUCCCUACACAGUUAAGAACUUUAAGGAAUAUUAAAGUCAGGUAUAUUUGCUGUGGAGAAGAAUUUUCCACAUUUCUCACCCUCGAUGGAGGUGUGUUUACUUGUGGAGCAGGUAUGUAUGGACAGCUAGGACAUGGGAACAAUGUAGACGAAAUUUUGCCAAAAAAGAUUUUAGAAUUGAUGGGUUCUACUGUCUCUCAGAUAGCUUGUGGAAAACGUCACACAUUAGCCUAUGUCCCUUCAAGGGGCCGCAUAUACAGUUUCGGUUUAGGUGGAUCAGGGCAACUAGGGAUUCGGAAAACGGGUAGUUCUUUAGUUCCUCAGGUAGUUCAUGGCCAGUGGGUAUCACCCAGAGGCUCUUCAGCAGAGGAAAAACAUCCAAAAGGAUCGUUUAUUAUUAGAAGAAUUUUUGCCGGUGGCGAUCAUUGCUUUGCGACGGUUACCACCAGAGAAAACUCAAGUCCAUAUGAUUGUAGAGUGUAUCCACGAGACACUCAGAUUUUAACAUUAAACCGUGAACAUCUUAAAUCUUUGUUCAGAGUCUCUUCAAAGGGCACUGUUGACCAAGACAUGAUCACAUAUAUUGAAACGGUUUUUAAAAGUCUGUCUUGUUUAAAUGGAUCAUUCUUGAUUAAAAGUGGUGAUCACUAUGCCUGCAGUAGUAAGAGGCAUGGUGUUGAUCUGGAGGAAGCAGAGAAAACAUUUUCAAUUAUAGCAAAAAUUGAUAUACAAAGUAUUAAAGAUUUGAUUUGGAAUGGUGUAUCUGAAGAUCUUUUACGUAGAUUAGUCCCGUCACCUCCAGAUGUCGAAGCCCUUAGAAUAUACCUCACAUUACCGUUCUAUCACGAAUUUCAAAAUCCUAAACAUCACCCUAAGUUACAUAAGCCUUUUGCAAGUGCCUUACUUAAGUUAAAACAGCAACCACAACGAGUUAUUAGAUGUUGGUACACCACUACCUCUUCAGAUUAUUUUGAAAAACUAGUCUCGAUAUUUAAAGGAGUCGCUCUAUUUGUGAUAAGAAACCAAAAAAUUCCAGAAAAUAAGACAAUAUUUUAUGAUGCAAGUCUGGUUGCAAGUCUUGACCUUCUAGCUUUUUUAAAUAAAUUAAAUUAUGAAGUAGACGGUUUUAAAGUUCCAGCAGAUACUUUUUGUAUUCCGGAAAUAGGCGAAUCGCUCGAUGUCAGAAUCGAUUAUUUGAUGUGGUUAAAUGACGCUACUACAGGUAGAUUAUUUUUAUGUAAUUAUCCUUUUAUAUUUGAUGCUCAGGCUAAAACGCAACUUUUAGAAGCUGAUCAAUCGAUACAGAUGCAAUCAGCUAUGAAUGCAGCUGCGCAACAGGCAUUUUCCAAUUUAUUUUUCACAGGUGGGAGGCAAGCUAUUAGACAGUUUUUAUUUUUAAAUGUAUCUAGGGAGCAUAUAGUGCAAGACACUUUACGGGAAUUAAUGGAAGUUAAUAGCUCGGAUCUCAAAAAACCAUUAAAGGUGAAAUUUCACGGUGAAGAGGCUGAAGAUGCUGGUGGAGUAAAAAAAGAAUUUUUUAUGCUAGUUCUUAGAGAAAUACUAGACCCAAAGUAUGGUAUGUUUCAAUAUUACGACGAAACUAGGACGAUAUGGUUUUCUGAGCAACCAUUCGAAGACAACGUGAUGUACCUACUUAUCGGCAUUAUAUGUGGUUUAGCAAUUUAUAAUUUUACAAUUAUAAACAUUUCGUUCCCUCUUGCGCUCUAUAAAAAAUUGUUACACGAGCCGAUUGGUCUUGCUGAUUUAAAAGGACUUUCCCCCACUAUGGCGAACUCGUUGAAGUCAUUAUUGGAUUAUGAAGAGCCAGAUGUACAAGAAGUAUUCGGGCUUAAUUUUGAAAUUACGAGGGAAAUAUUUGGUCAUCAUGUUACUGUGCCAUUAAAACCAAAUGGAGAAAAAAUCCCUGUCACACAAGAAAACAAGGAAGAAUUUGUUAAUCUGUACGUGGAUUAUAUUUUCAAUAAAUCAGUGGAAAGUCAGUAUCAGGCAUUUUCGAACGGAUUUUUGAAAGUUUGUGGGGGCCGAGUACUGCAGCUUUUCCACUCCCACGAGUUGCAAGCGGUCGUGGUGGGAAACGAAAACUACGACUGGCACGCUCUAGAAGAAGCAGCGGAAUAUAAAAAUGGCUACACCUCAUCAGAUCCUACAAUUAGAAUGUUCUGGGAAGUCAUACAUGAAAUUCCUGUAGAAGAUAAAAAGAAAUUUUUACUUUUUCUUACCGGAAGCGAUAGAAUUCCUAUACAAGGAAUGAAAGCUAUUAAGAUUUAUAUUCAGCCCACUACUGACGACAAAUACUUGCCAGUAGCCCACACUUGUUUUAAUUUAUUAGAUUUACCCAGAUACAAAACGAAAGAACGGCUAAAGUACAAGUUAUUACAGGCAAUCAAACAGACUGAAGGUUUCUCCUUGGUGUAAUUUUGUUUUAAACAAAAUGUACAUAUUAAUUCAAAGGGCUGUUAUAAUUUUUAAAGGCAUGUCGUUCUAAUUAUUAUAUUGAUCAAUGCUUAUUGCAAACUUUUUGUUAACAAUAUUUUUAAAUAAAAGCUAUUACACGAAUACUAAA